AUUGUGAGCUCAGCAGCAGUGUAGCUUUAAGAAGGAGGUGGGCAGCGCUCCGAUGACGCAGGAAUAAUCCUGAGAAGAUGCUUCAAAACUCCAGGCCGGAGCCAGCGUGUGUGGUGGCUGCUGGCGGAGCUGGAAGGAUCUCGGUGCCUGGCAGGAACUGUGGAGAGAAUAUCUAGAGCAGGUUCAGGAGGCUUCGGGGGCAUUCUCAAAGCUGAAUAAAACACGCACAUUCAGGCAGAUUCGCUACUUUAACAGACAAAUACAGUUAUUAAGGCAUUUAGUGACGGCGGCGGGCUUUGUGUUUGCAGCUGCUCUGCCAAGUGGAGCCAACUUGUGGAAAGAAACAUCUGAAGAACAUCCCUCCAACACUUUCUUACUUCACUCAAGUGGGACUUGGGAGGUCGCAUCAUGCCACAGUUCAACACACUGUGUGUGUACUUUCUGAUGGUCCUAAACCCAGUUGUGACAAACACCAUCACCGAGGACAUAGAUGUGUUGGUCUUUUUGCCACUAAAUAACUCCUACCUUUUUUCACACGCACGAGUCGCUCCAGCGAUCCUUUACGCACAAAGACAGCUCCAGACAGAGUUCUCCGGCUUCACCUUCAACAUCCACUUUGAGAACUCCGACUGUGCCAAUGAUGCCAUGUUACUGCUGGUGGACAGGUCGUGUGGGCAGAUGCCGGAUCUGAUCCUGGGUCCAGUGUGUGAGUAUGAGGCUGCAGCGCUGGUGAGGCUGGCAUCGCACUGGAACAUCCCGGUGAUCUCAGCAGGUGCCCUGGCACUCGCCUUCGGCAACAAGAACGGCGAAUACUCCCACCUGACCCGCAUCGCCCCGUCCUACGUGAAAAUGGCAGAGACCUUCACCGCGAUGUUCGAGCACUUCACCUGGAGGAGCGCACUGCUCGUGUACGAGGACGACAAGCAGGAGCGGAACUGCUACUUCACCUUGGAGGGAGUCUAUCAUCACAUGAUUGACUUCAACAUCAAAAUCUACCCCUUUUCCCCGGAGGAUCGCCUGGACCCUGAGGACAUCCUCCACCACAUCUAUGACACUGAAGUGGUGAUCAUGUGCAUGGGAGCAGACCAUAUACGAGAGAUCAUGCUGGCUGCACACAGACGUCGGUUGACCAAUGGCAAUUAUAUGUUCUUUAAUGUUGAACUCUUCAAUGCUUCUUCUUAUGGUAAUGGCUCAUGGAAGAGAGGAGAUAAAUAUGACAAUGAUGCGAGGCAAGCCUAUUCCUCUCUGAACACGGUGACGCUGCUCAGGACAAUUAAGCCAGAGUUUGAGAACUUUUCCAUGGAAAUGAAAAAGUCCAUUGAAAAAGCUGGGAUUCAUGACUGCGAGGACUGCGAACAUGUCAACAUGUUUGUUGAGGGAUUCCAUGAUGCCAUGUUGCUGUAUGCCGGCGCCUUGCAUGAAGCCAUGAAAAAUGGAUACAGUAAGAAGAAUGGAACAGUGAUUACCUCACGCAUGUGGAACAGAACCUUUGAGGGAAUCGCUGGCCAGGUGUCCAUGGAUGUUAACGGUGACAGAAAUGGAGAUUUCUCUUUGAUGGCCAUGACCAAUGUUGAGGCAGGAACCUAUGAGGUGGUAGCCAACUACUUUGGAGUAAAUGGAUCUUUUCAGCUGCUUCCUGCCUUCAACACUGAGCAUUUCACUUUGAGAGGAAGACAUAAAGAACUUCCAGAGAUUGCUGACAAAUCAUGUGGACUUGGAGUAUCAGCUUUGACUGGAGUCAUAGUGGGAGCUGUUCUUGGAACUGCUCUGCUUAUAGCGUUCUACUUUUUCAGAAAGAACUACAGGAUUACAAUUGAGCGUCGCUCACGUAGUGAAGAGGGUGACACUGGGAAGCACCGUCAGUUACGAGAGGACUCUAUCAGAUCGAACUUCUCCGCAGCAUAAUUAGCAGCAGUGGCAGUCCCUUCACAGAGAAUCACACAUCUGAGUGUGACCAAAGACUGAGAUCUUUUGUGUUUGUAUCCUUUAAUGUUUUGACUUAUUGUAACUCAGGACAGUUGUAACAGUCACAAAGCACCACUUACUUGGAUGUUCCUCCAUACAAAGGUAUAUGAUUGUAUUGGUGUAUAGAAAGCUCUGGCCAAAAUAUAUAUAUAUAUAUAUAUAUAUAUAUAUAUUGUUUUUUAUUCAGACAAUGGUUACCAUGACUAUGAAUGAUUAAGAACAGACAGUGUAUGUAACACUACAUUAGCAUGCACUAGUAGGGUGGGUGAGGUCUACUGUACUUUUGCCUUUCAGGUUGACAAAUAGAGGCCUCAUGUUUAAACAAUAGCAGAGCUAAACUUGAUACAGCUGGAGUUAACUGACUAAAAAGAGAUAUAGGCCAGAUCUAUUUCUACACAUAUAGGCUAUAAGCUACUGAUAUUAAGCUACUGAUAUUGUAAUGUUUUCAGUUCACCAUAACUUUGUUGAGAUCCAGCAGCCUCCAUACAAACCAAAUUCCUAAUUCUUAAAUGAGGACAUUGCUCCUAAAUUGAAAAACACACUGUCAGUUAUCAUCUUAAAAUGUUAUCUCUUCUUCAUACAUUCCUAUAUUAUUUUAAAAUAAUGAGUAUUUUGUAAACCCAGGUGCUCCUACGUAAAACUGUGGUAAUACUUUCUGAUGGGCAAACAUUUCAACAUAUACUUUAUAAAUGAUUUAUAAAAUGCUUUAUACAUCAGUAAUAGGGACAACAUGGGUUAGGUUGUCUUGGUUUUAUGGACAAUGGACUUGGUUUUAUCAAUUGUCCUCCCAAUGAACUAAAGGAAAGCUAAUUACAAACUUGGUAGUUUGUAGCUCUGGAUUAGCUAUGAUUGUUUGUGAUCAUCUGACCUGCCAGUGCUGCAACAGCACAUUUCAUGUGUUCUGACAUCUUUCCAAGAGAACAAUGUCACCACAAUUGAUUGAACCGAUGGCCAGAGCUGCAAAAACAGUAGCCAAAGAAACACAAGAUAACGAUUUUCAAAAAUGCAUUUUUCUUUAUAGAGCUAUUUAUAUAUAAAGCAAGGUUCCUGUUCAAGUAGGACAAACAAAAGUUGUUUUAUUCAUGUUUUAUUACUGCAUUAAUUAUUGACUUAUUUAAUAUUACCAAAGACAUGAUGUAUAUUGUGAAUUAUAAAGCCUAAAUAUUCCUUAUCAGAAAGUGGAACAGAAAUCAUAAUGAACUGACAUACAUGACAGCUAAUAUUUAUAUGGUAUAAUGGCAGUGUGGAAUACAUUCCAAAACAGUAGAGACUAUGUGAAAUUUCUGUCAGUUGCUUUAUUCAUGCAGACUUUAAAGAAUUCAAAGUUUUUAUAGAAACAAAAUAAAGACAAUGAACUUGGUAAAUAACCUUC